GGUUACAAAAACAUUAUCUUAGCAUUUUAGGUUCGCAAAUAAAAACAAUCACACAUCCAAUUUGUUCACUCAGCCAUGGAGUUCUCCCUUCUACUAUCAACGAUUAUUGCAACGAUAUUAUCUAUUCUUCUACACCGUUUAUUACUCCAUAUCCUCCACAGAAAGAGGGUAAAGACAGGGAAGAACCAAAAACCACCACAAGCAAAAGGGGCAUGGCCGAUAAUCGGACACUUACACCUUUUAGGCGGACCUGAGCUACCUCACAAGGUUUUAGGUGACAUGGCAGAAAAACAUGGCCCUAUCUUCUCCAUCAAGCUUGGUGUUCAUCAAGCUUUGGUGGUAAGUGAUGCAGCGAUUGCUAAGGACUGCUUUACUACCAACGACAAGGCCUUUGCAAGUCGACCUAAAACAGAGGCAACAAGAAUCAUGGCCUAUAAUUAUGCCGUGUUUGGCCUGGCUCCAUAUGGGGACUAUUGGCGAAAUAUGCGUAAGAUGGUCGUGUCGGAGGUUCUUUCUCAACGAAGAGUUGAGAUGGUUGGACAUAUUCGAGCUUCAGAAGUUAGAGCAUCCAUUAAAGAUUUAUAUGAUUGUUGGUUAAAGAACAAACGUAGUGAAAAUUCAGAUAUGGUGAAGGUGGAGAUGGGUCGAUGGUUUGGGUACUUGAUUCUAAACAUUAUGGUUAGGAUCAUUACAGGAAAGAGGUUUUCGCCAAAUGACGAAGAAGGGGUUCAAUUUCAGGCUGUGGUAAGGAAAUUCUUUGAGUUAAUGGGGGCAUUUGUGGUUGCUGAUUUUAUACCUUAUCUCAACUAUUUGGAUGUGGAUGGAUACAAAAAAGUGAUGAAGAAUACUGGGAAGGAUUUGGACAAUAUCUUUGACCGAUGGUUAAAGGAGCACAAACAGGAAAAUAAAAAUAAGUCUAUACAGCAACAUGAAGGGAACCAAGACUUCAUGCAUGUGCUAAUUUCCAUUCUUCAAGGUGCUUCUGAAGAUGAAUUCCCGGGUUUUGACCAUGAUACAAUUAUCAAAGCGACAAGUCUACAACUCUUAGUAGCAGGCGUCGACACGACAUCCGUGACAUUAACGUGGGCUGUAGCAUUGUUACUCAACAACCCAAAAGCAUUAAAAACUGCCCAAGAUGAAAUUGAUGAGCAUGUUGGAAGGGAGAGAGAGGUGGAGGAGUCAGACCUAAAGAAGUUAGUCUACCUCGAUGCUAUCAUCAAAGAAACUUUGCGUUUAUACCCAGCUGGACCUCUCUCUGUUCCUCACGAGUCACUGGAGGAUAGCAUUGUGGGUGGCUACAACAUUCCAAAAGGAACUCGUCUUUUGGUAAAUCUUUGGAAGAUGCAACGUGACCCAAAUAUAUGGUCAGAUCAUGAAGAAUUUAAGCCUGAGAGAUUCUUGACAAGUAACAAGGAUAUGGAUGUCAAGGGAAACCAUUAUGAAUUGAUUCCUUUUGGUAGUGGUAGAAGAAUGUGCCCUGGUGUUUUAUUUUCCCUGCAGGCUUUGGGUUUAACGCUAGCUAGUUUGAUACAACAGUUUGUGCUCCAAAAACCAUCAAACGAACCUGUUGAUAUGACUGAAAGCAUGGGUAUGACUAAUGGAAAAGCAACACCACUUUACGUCCUUUUGUGCCCUCGUUUAUCCUCUAAUAUGUAUAAUGUUGGUUCGUGAUAUAUCAAGUUCAAAUCCCACUCCAUCAAUCAUUCUCCAUAAAGCCAUCAAUUAUGUAUGGUUUUAGAGUACCGCUAUUACUUAUAUAGUUAAUAAAAGCUUGGUCAUGUGGUUGCAUUCUACUCAUCUCA